AUGAUUUUCCCCCCACAGUUUCCCACUUCCACCCCCAGGUGGAAGCAGAGCGUUGUAACAUACAGAAUAACUGAAUAUACAUCGCAGCUGAGCAAGAGGCCUAAGCUUUCCAAAGCUUUCCAGCUCUACAGUGAUGUUAUUCCACUUGACUUCAAACAGAUCUACAGCGGCACAGCUGAUAUCAUGAUUCUCUUCAAAGCAGGAUAUCAUGGAGAUUUUUACCCAUUUAAAGGGGCUAAUGGGGUUCUGGCCCAUGCCAACGCACCCGGUCCAGAGCAGGGAGGAGACACACACUUUGAUGAGGAUGAGAGGUGGACCCUAAAUUCACAAGAUAUAAACCUGCUUUCGGUGGCUGCUCAUGAAUUCGGACAUGCACUGGGACUAGAGCACUCCAAAGACCCUUCGGCUCUCAUGUUUGAAUAUUACCGAUACGUCAACACGAAUGGCUAUACACUACCCCAUGAUGACCGACUUGGGGUCCAGGCCCUGUAUGGAGUUAGAACAUCAACAAAUAAACCUGACUCAUCAAAGGUAAAGUUAUAUUUCCUAAAGAGUCAGCAGUACUGGGCAGUAAAAGGCAGAACUACUUUACCUGGAUAUCCCAAACCCAUAACCGAAUUUGGGUUUCCCACAUACGUGAGAAAGAUUGAUGCAGCUGUAUAUGUAAAAUCAACUGGGCGCACUUUGUUUUUUGUUGGAACCAAAUACUGGAGCUUCAAUGAAAGAACAGCUCAAAUGGACAGAGGCUUUCCUAAAACUAUUCGACAUCAUUUCCCUGGCAUUGGGUCACGGGUGGAUGCUGCUUUUGAAAAUUAUGGUUAUCUGUAUUUCUCAGAAGGUUCAAGACAAACGGAGUAUAAUUUCACUUUAAGACGAGUGAAUCGUGUUCUGUUGAACUAUGGAUGGCUGGACUGCUACUAAACAUUUCAAUGAAAAUCAAAAGAAAUUAAAUGAAUGUUAAAAAUAUUAAUUAUU